AUGCUGAAGAGUGGGAAGGGCGUAUUCCGUAGACUUUUGUCUACAAAGAGUCUCCCGUUCGAAGGAAAUUUGAAAAGGAAAUCCAACGAUAAUAAAGAUUUGAUGCUUUCAAUUUUAAAAUUAACCACAACUAAAAGAGAAACAAAUAACUAUUUAAACAAGUAUUCUUCGUUUAGUAAAGCUUCAAACCUGGAUAAAUCGGAAAUCCCACCACCAUUAAGACUAGUUGUCAUUAAAAUCAAAGGAAAUGUGCUCAAUUAUGAAGAAUCAGAACUACGGAAAUUUAAUAAAACUUUGGAUUAUAUACAGAAAUUAGGAGCUAGUCCGUUAUUACUUAUAGAUGCUGAUUUUUUACAUGAUAGAUAUGAUUUGAAUUUUUCCAAAAUUGACAAUUAUUUAUCAGAUCAAUAUAAUUAUCUAAACAAAUGUUUGGAGGAUAAAAAAUUAUUAACAGUGACACCUGUUAGAUGUAUAUUGUCCAAGAAUGAACAGACAGAUACUGAAUUAGAUAUACCAGAGAUGAUUUUAAACCCAUUGAAACAAGAUCAAGUGCCAAUUUUGUUCCCGUAUGUGUUUGCUCACAAGUUUGGUAGAGAAGUUAUUUACCAAUCAAAAGAUUAUUUAAAAGUGUUGAUACAAAAUCUUUCCAAAUUGAAUUCGCAAACAGGCAAUACACUACUCACAGUGGAGAAGUUGAUAUUUAUUGAUAGGUUAGGAGGGCCACCAAGUAUUGAAAGGGGAAAUGCAUCACAUGUUUAUAUCAAUUUAAACCAAGAAUAUGAAAGAAUAAUGUCUGAAUUGAAUAUUGGUCAUUUAUCAAUCACUGAAAAGGCUUCGCAUAUCAAGAAUCUAGAGGAUUUAAAAGAUAUUUUAACAUCAACAAAUAAUGAACUAACGGGGAUUAUAACAACAUUACCAAUUGCUAAUGAGAAUUUAAAUUUGAAUCCAAUUAUUUAUAAUAUUUUAACAGAUAGAACAUUGGUUAGUUCCUCAUUACCAAUCACCAAAUUUCAAAACAAGCAAGAUAUCACAACAAGAGUUUCCAAGACCUCAAUAAUUAGAGGUGGGUUAGAAAUCCAUAGUUUUAAAAAAAUUGAUGAUGGUAUUGAUAUCAAGAAAUUCAAACAUUUAAUUGAUACAUCUUUUAAAAGAUCAUUGAACCUAGAUCAUUAUUUAUCAAGAAUUGAGCCAAUAUUAUCACAAGUUAUAAUUGUGGGUGAUUAUGAAGGUAUAGCAAUAGUCACUAAUGAAAAAUCCCCAACAACAGGAGAGGUUAUACCAUAUUUAGAUAAAUUUGCCGUUUCAAGAGAAGCUCAAGGUUCAUUAAACAUUGCAGAUAUUAUUGUAAACAUCUUGAGAAGGGAUUAUAAAGAUGGGUUAUUAUGGAGAUCUAGAAAAGUUAAUCCUGUUAAUGGUUGGUAUUUCCAAAGAUCUGAUGGAAGUUUAAAUUUGCAAGAUAGUGAAUUUAGAAUAUUUUGGAUUGGUAAAGGGAUUGAUAAAGUUAAAUUACAAACGUUUGUGGAGAUUGGGAAAUCUAUAAAACCCUCAUGGGAUAAAUGA